UUUCCGGAUUCCCUUGAACAUAUUCCCUUCUCAGCGAAAUACCCGGAUAUGGAGCCAAUCCGACGACCGUCGGACUUGGAUUCUCUUGGAGCCGUGCUCUUCAACACAAGGUUUGAUUGCAGUAUUGGAUUCGCCGCUAAUUAUCUGGUAUUGGGACGUAUAAUGGCUUCACCAUGAUGGUGUAUAUUAUUUGGGGCGACCCACAGGAGCGUUUCGAAUGGCCGCCCGGUCUCUAAUGUCAUGGAUAUCUUUGGAUUAGAUCAUAUUUUCGGAGAUGUAUGAUUGCCCUUUGGUUUGCGAUCUAUCUCGCUAUCUCAAUCGUACCAGUUAGCCGUCCGGCUCACUGUUGGAGCAUGCCACGCCCAGCCUGUGGUGACUUCCCCCAUACUUCGGUUUCUCCCUUUUCCUUCACAAUGCCCGGAUACGAAGGACGUCCGUUCCUACGCCUCCCCAGCCUCCAUCCGGGAAAUAAUUUCGCUGACCGACAAAGGAUCUUUGCGCGACCAGGGCACCUUUGCCUACAGACUCAGCUUACACCAGCCUUCCAAGGUGCGUUUGGAAUCACACUUCGUUGCCUCAGCUAUGCAUAUUGUCGUCCAGUCAGGCGCCCUCGGAUAUUGAAAGGGUGCAGCGCGAAGCCAAAAUGUCCCGGCCCCGAUCGACGUGAAAGGACGCGAGCACAAGGAGUGCUGCAUCGGGCAUAUCACAGCCGAUCACCAUUUCACUGGUCUAUCCAUAUUCUCUACUGAUAACAACGUCACAGAUCCAGGAUGACCCAGACAUCCACUAUGGAUGCCUAGCAUUCACCCUCAGCCAUGUCUUUGGUUUCGUCCUCCAUGUCGUGGAGCAUAGUGCACAUGCUG